AUGUCUGCCGAUUGGAGCAGUCGCGCGGAAAUGGUGAUUCUCACCGGUAAUUCAUAUCCUGAAUUGGCAGAGAAUAUUUCAAGAAUUGUUCAUUCUUACAAAUCAGACAGUUCUCAUCGUAUUAAACCACUUGGCGAAUGCCUUGUUAUUAAAAGUUCCGAUAAAGAAACGCGUGUCGAAAUCUAUGAAUCAGUUCGUAGUAAAGAUGUAUUUAUUAUUCAAACAGGCUCGACAAAAGAUCCAAAUGAUGAUCUUAUGGAACUGAUGAUCAUGAGCUAUGCAUGUAAAACAUCAUGCGCAAAAAAUAUUGUUGGAGUUUUGCCUUAUUUACCUUAUAGUAAACAAAGUAAACAGAAAAAACGUGGCUGUAUUACAAUGAAACUUGUCGCUCAAAUGCUUGUUAAAGCUGGGUUAACACAUUUAAUAACUGUUGAUUUACAUCAAAAAGAAAUUCAAGGAUUUUUCGAUAUUCCGGUUGACAAUUUACGAGCAUCCUCUUUUCUCGUUGAUUAUAUCAAAGAACAAAUACCCGAUUGGCGUAAUUCUGUUAUAAUUGCACGUAAGCCUAAUCAAGCAAAACGUGCAACAGGUUUUGCUCAACGAUUAAAAUUAAACAUUGCUGUUAUCCAUGGUUUUCAGGAUCGAGAAAGUGAAAGUGAAGAAGCAGACGGAAGAAAUUCACCACCACCGCCGAUGCCUAGUUUAGAUACUUCUAUACCUCUGUCCGAACGACGAAGCGUAUUUACUAUUCCUUCACUUGCAUUAGGCGAACAAGUGCAUGUCAAAGGGAAGUUGCCCAUGGAUGUUGUCGGCGAUGUUGGUGGUCGCAUUGCGAUCAUUGUUGAAGAUAUGAUCGAUGAUGUGCCUGGUCUUGUGCAAGCUGCCGACAUACUUUUCGAUCGUGGUGCAUAUAAAAUCUAUGCACUUGCAACACAUGCUCUAUUUACACGUGAUGCUCCAUUGCUAAUCGAACAAUCUCGAAUAUCUGAAGUUAUCGUAACAAAUACAGUGCCGCAUGAGUUUGCUAAACUUCAAUGUUCAAAAAUCAAAACCGUUGAUAUAAGUUUACUUGUAUCCGAAGCGAUUCGCCGUAUACACAAUCAAGAAUCAAUGAGUUAUUUAUAUCGUAAUGUUGAACCGAAUGAUUAA